AUGUCAUUUGUUUGUUUUGUGAUCUUUGGGGCAAGCCCUAUAAAUAGGUGUGGAGCAUGGCUGGCAAUGAAGGAAAGCGUAUGCGUAUUUUUUGUACUAUUUGUUUCAGUGGCACUUUGCAUAGUGCCUAGUAUAGCAGAGUCGAGUGCGAAGGAACUUGAUGGUUUACAGGAAGAUCCCCCCGACAUUGUGACAAUAGCUGGGACAUCUGGCACUGCGAAGACCGAGGAAACAGGAAAAACAGCUGAGAAUGCAGGAAAAGGAUCCACGAACGAGCUAGAAGACUUGCCCAAACUCUACAUCCCUCACUGUAAAUACUGCCAGAGGCUGCUCAUGCAGUCUUCCUGCAGGUCCAAAGAGAAACCAGACAAUACGGACGAAGACGAGGACCAGGACCAGGACCAGGAGCAAUACAUAGACUUCAACAGUGACGAAAGCAGCGGUGAAGGCCCCAGCUUCAAGAGGAGCUACAUGGAGAGGUAUCGUGCGGCAAAGAACACCCUGGACGGAACAUCGGGUCUGCACAUAUUCCCAGACUGCCCAAACUCGACAGCGCAUAAAAGUGACUACUCGCAGCCUAUAAAGAGCUCCCUUAUGGAGAGCCCCGAGUGGUUUGGGCAUUGGAACAAUAUCCGGAAGAAUUACCAUCCCUCUACACUCGAUAGUAUGAUCAGUGCAAACAAGUGCGGGUCGAUAAAAGAGAUAGAUGAGCAAUUGCAUAAGAACAUGCCCCCGAUCCCUGAAAACUACAAGGGCGAGAUAGAAGCUAUGAGGAUGAGCUAUGUCAGCCUAAAAGCUGAAAUCGAAGCGAUGGAAGAUGAGUUUGCCGAUAAGACAGCGUUGAUAGAGAAGGAGAUGGAGUUGAGCAAAAUCCCAGACCCGAAAACAAUAGGAAACAAAAAGAAGGCGAAUGAAGCUGCAGAAGAAAAGAAAAAAUUAGAAGACUCCAUUGCGGAAAUUAAAGAAAGAAAGAACGCGCUGAAGCGUCUAAUACACAAAAAAAUAAUCGAGAAAAAAAGACAGAGACAUCUCCUGCUGGAAAUACAAAGGUCCAUGA